UAGACACACUGGGGCUGUUUAAAAGCUAAUUGAGUUUCUUGAGGCGGCCAGCUGAAGAGAGAGCACAUGAGCUUGAUAUUUUCCUCAUUAUUACCUUGCUAAUUAUUUUACUGUACUUUAAGACGGAGGCAGAUCUACAGUAUGAAGAGCAAGAUGAAGAUUUUCCUUCUGAUGAUUUUCUUCCUUAUAAAUUCCCAUGCAACUAACUGCCAUGGCAGGCACAGGUCCAGCAGUGAGUCUGACAGUGUUGAGAGAGGCAAUCCGUGGCCUACAAUUGAUAUCUGUGCUCUGUUUCCUGUUCUGUGCCCAAAACCAUCUACUACACUACCACCAAAGACCACAACAAAACCAACCACAACAAAACCAACCACAACUCAAAGCACAGAGCCCCCCACGACCACAGAGCCCCGAGGAGAUGGCAAGUGAACUGAUCUGAAAACAAGAACAGCAGCAUGAACUGUGCAUGAACUGCACUUUAAUUCAUAAAUGAAUUUUUAUAUGUGCUGAUAGUAUUUUGUUAUUCUGAAACCUUGACUGAAUAACGUUUAAAUAGCUUUUUCCAGUAAGUUUACAUAUAAUCACAUUUCAGCAAUGAUUCAACAACCUUUCUGCAUUUAUUUGUAUGUCUUUUAAAUUGACACAGUCAUUUUUGUUUUAUGACAUUCCACUUGAUAUAAAACAAAUUUAAAAAGUUACAAAACGCAGUGAAAUAUUCUGGAAUAUGUAAAACUGAGAGGCACUUACUUAUGAUGUAAUGACAAGUUUGUUAGAGGCUGGGACAGACGCCGAUGAGAAGGUGCUGACUAUGUGUCAGUGGGCAUUUCACUGGAUCAGCAAAGCUUAAGAAAGGGAUGAUUGUAGAUGACUCUGUGCUUCAUCAGUGAAGUCUGUCCUACUGUAUUUUUAACUCACCCACCUGACCAAAAUUUUCAUUCAUUGCUCUGCACUUCUGACUAUUUACACGUUGUCCAAUCCCAUCAACCCUAUAAAUAUGUAAUAAUUUACUGUGUCUUUGAUAUGAUUAGUUUGUGCCAAAACAUUGCAUUUUUCCACAUAUCCUCACAAUGAAUGUCAACAUUGUUUUUGGAAGUUUCUCUUGUCUCCUAAACAAAUGUAAUUUUCUUUAAAUCUGCACUGAGAAAUCCUUUAUGGGUGUUUUGACUUCUGUGUUGUGAAUUUUGAGGUGUGAUUUUUUUUUUUUAAAUAAUAAACACUAGUUUA